AUGUUUUUCACGUUCGUGUUGGCAUCGGCGUUGACCUUGUCCUCGGUGCUCGGAGGUCCGUCCGGCCCGACAUCGAGACAGAUGACGUACGCAAAAGAGGACAAAACCGUAAUGCGAUCAGAUGAAACGGCGCAGGUGUUGGCCGUCGGCGACCGAUCGUCCAACCUGAAAUACGUGAUGGCGAUCCAGAGCUCGACGAUUUGGGAGGAGAUCAAGAAACGGUCGUUGACGAUAAACACGUCACAGAGAUUGGACGACGAGGUCGCCGGAAAAUCGCCGGACGACCUGACGGACCAAGAACUGGCGCAGCUCAAGCAAGCGUGCCACGACGGGCUCAAGUGCGUGGCCGUCGACCAGCUUUUGGUGCUCAAACAGGUCAAAGAACAGCUUGGCGACGGCCAAGUGUCCGUGCGCACGGCCAUCACCAAGAUCACCCAGGUGCUCACCCAAUACACGACCGAGAUCCACGAGGACGUUUACCAGUACGAGGCGGUCCAAAAGUCCGACGAUCAGUCCAAAGUGUACGAGUCGGUGACCACAAUAGUGGAGGACAACAAGGAACUGUGUCGGGUCGAACUCGCGCCGGAGACAGCGCAAAGCCACCCGAACAAUAGUGCUGGUAAUACUAUUCCCGCGGCCGUUAACAAUAACAGUACCGUAAACUACAAUACGACCGAGAACUACAACAUCAACAACGGCACCGUCAACAGUGCCACCAUCACCAAAGAACCUUCAGACAUUAUCACUGUCGAAGAAUCACCUGAACCCGGAACUCGGGCUGACAACGGCUCAGACCCGAGUCUGGUUAUCGUUAUCGCCCCACAAACUGAAGCCACUGGCGGUGACGGAUAUAUCAAAAAACGGUCUGUAGAUGACCGCCUACCCACAGAACGUACCACCUCUACUGAUACCGAUAUUAAUGGUCUGACCGCUAACGAAUCCGUUAUCAUAGCUCCCAAAAAUGACAUUAGCCAAAAACGAGCCAGACAAAACAAAGCACGUAGCAGCGGAACCUUCGACCAGCACUAUGAACCCGGUACGACCACCGACGCUCAACCGCGCAAGUACGCGCGCCCAGCAAACGACAGACGUGCGCCUGCUGGUCAACCACUCAGGAUCACCGACGGACCGUCACCACACGACGUCGUCGGUACCGAUGACAACGGUUCCCGCGGACAAAAAGCUCGACGGUCGUGGCCCAGCGUAACCCGCGUCCUGACCAACGGCGGCGACGACGAGAAAAAUGUCUCGGGCCACCAGUCCGCCGACACGAAUGCCAAUACACAGGACCCCGACCACGUGGAAAACAACAACGUGACCCUGAAAAACGGAGUCGGAAACGGAGUCGAAAACGGGCAGACCGGCAAAUCCGAUUGCGACCACGACAUCCUGAGCGCGGGUUCGUCGAACAGCGGAACCGUGCUGAAAGGUUACGUGGAGGACGGUACGCUCAACAACGGCAACAUGGUGCAGUACAACGUCAACAACGGUACCAUCAACAAGGGCAUGAUCUCCGGGAGCAAUGCGGACAACGGUAUCAUAAGCGUGGGUACCGUCAACAACGGGCCGGUCAACUACGGUACGUACGACAAGUACGCCAACAACGGAAAACAGGUCGCGAUGAACAGCUACGACGUCCAACAAUAUUUGUCCAACAUCGACAAGAUGUACUCGACGAUCUUAGAACGACUUGGCUGA